UGCUAUUCCUGCCACACAGCUUGAAGCUCCUCCCACAGCAACUCACCUUAACUCUAGCUCCUCCCAUAACAACUUGCCUCCACUGAAGCUCCUCCCACAACAACACACCAGUAAAUGCUGGGAUAUUCCCAUCAGCCUAGAAGUGAAGCAGAGCUGAAGACUGAGAACAUGAGUGAUCCAGAAUCCUGCAGAAUGGACCACGAGGAGACUGAAGAACAAAGAGACUUAAUGGAACAGAUCGAGGAGAGUGAUGAACUGAGUGAAGCAGAGGAGAAAAAUCAACAUGUCAAAACUGGAGAAAAGUCCAUUAGGGGAGCCAAAAGUUCUUGCCCUCGGACUGGAAAGAGUUUCCCAAACAAAAAAAGUCAAACAAGGGUUCAUGGUGGAGAGAAGAUGCACACGUGUGAUCAAUGCGGGAAGAGUUUGACACAAAAAAGAAGCCUUAAAGAACACAUGAAAAUCCACACUGGAGAGAAGCCGCACACAUGUGAUCAGUGCGGGAAGAGUUUCACACGAAAAGAACACCUUAAGGAUCACAUAAAAAUCCACACUGGAGAGAAACCGUACUCAUGUGAUCAGUGUGGGAACAGUUUUGCACUUAAAGUAAACCUUAAGAAACACAUGACAAUCCACACUGGAGAGAAAUCACACACAUGUGAUCAGUGCGGGAUGAGUUUUGGACGAAAAGAAAACCUGAAGACACACAUGACAAUCCACACUGGAGAGAAACCACACACAUGUGAUCAGUGCGGGAACAGUUUCACACGAAAAGAACACCUUAAGCUACACAUGAGGAUCCACACUGGAGAGAAGCCACACACGUGUGAUCAAUGCGGACAGAGUUUUACACAAAAAGGAGCCCUUGAUGUUCACAUGAAGAUCCACACUGGAGCGAAGCCGUACCCAUGUGAUCAGUGCAGGAAGAGUUUUAGAGAUGCGAGCACUCUUAAAUUACAUCUGCGUUCGCAUUCUGGAGAAAGACCAUUUUACUGUGAUCAGUGCGGGAAAACAUUUACAUCAGCUUCAGGCCUACGGAUCCACCUGUACAUUCAUACAAAAGAGAAGCCUCACAUGUGUUCUUUGUGUGGAAAGAGUUUUAGUGUACUGAGUGGAUUAAAACAACACCAGAAAAGACACAGUGAUGUGAAGGAUCAUAUGUGUUUUGAGUGUAGGAAGACCUUUUUUACUGCCGCUGACCUGAGAAAGCACCAGACAGUUCACACUGGAGGAAAGCCUUAUAAGUGUUCACACUGUGACCAGAGAUUUGAUUGGCCAGGAUAUCUGAAAAUACAUGAGAAGCUCCACGCUGGAGAAAAGCCACACACAUGUGAUCAGUGCGGGAAAAGUUUUGCACAGAAAUCAAACCUUAAGAUUCACAUGAGGAUCCACACUGGAGAGAAGCCGUACUCCUGUGAUCAGUGUGGGAAGAGUUUUACAUGUAAUGUAAACCUUAAGAUACACAUGAGGAUCCACACUGGAGAGAAACCACACACGUGUGAUCAGUGUGGAAAGAGCUUUGCCCAAAAAUCAAACCUGAAGACACAUAUGAUGAUCCACAGCGGAGAGAAACCACACACAUGUGAUCAAUGUGGGAAGAGUUUUGUAAAAAAAGACCACCUUAAGGGACACAUGAAAAUCCACAAUAGAGACAAGCCACAUGUUUCACACUCUUAAGUUACAUCUGCAUUCUCACUGUGGACAACAUCCAUUUAUCUGUGAUCACUACUGUAAAAGAACGAGCAUUAUAUCUGAAGAAAUGUGUGAAAGUUUGUACAAAGGACAAGUCUCACUAUUGUUUUAUGGCUGGGUGUUUUGGGAAAACAGAUGUAAGAAUGUGUUUAAUGUUCAUUUAUCUUGUGCCUUGAUAUGCCCUGAUCUCCUCGUCUUUGCUUCUGAGUGUCCUACUGUCUUUUAAAAUUACACAAGAAAAGACAAAGAUGUGAAGGUUCCUACGUGUUUUGAUUGUGGGAAGAACUAAAACUGCACUAGAGAUAUCACAUUGUAGAGAAACCUUAUAACCUUUCACACUUUGAAAAGCUGUGGCAGUCUAGACCACAGUAACUCAGCUCUAAUGAAUAUUUCAAGCUCAUUUUGAGACGUAGGCUAAUAUUUUAUUGUGUUGUGAUGAGCCGUGAAAACAUACCGCUCUUGCAGAACGUCAUUCAAGUCACCUUUAUUUAUAUAGCGCUUUUAACAAUACAGAUUGUGUCAAAGCAACUGCACAACAUUAAUUAGGAAAAUAGUGUGCCAAUAA